CCAAGACAAUUUAGAUUAGCAUCGAUUCCCCAAUAAUGUCGACGACCGCCUCCUCGCCGUCGUCCCCCGCACUCGCGCUCCUCCGCCCAAGCCCAAGCCCAAGAGCUUCCUUCCCCGCCCGAUCUCCAUCCUCCGUCGCUGUCGCCGUCGCCCCCCGCUCCUCCAUGGAAACCCCUCCUCCCCCUCCCCGGCGGGAUCCGCCGAGGCGCGUUGUCGUCUGCGGCGGCGGCGUCAUCGGCGUCUGCACCGCCUACUUCCUCUCCAAGUCCGCCGGCGCCGCCGCCUCCGUCGCCCUCGUCGAGCAGUCCUCCGUCGCCUGCGCCGCCUCCGGGAAGGCCGGCGGCUUCCUCGCCCUCGACUGGUGCGACGGCGGGCCCCUCGGCCCCCUCGCCCGCGCCAGCUUUGACCUCCACCGCGCGCUCGCCGCGGAGCUCGACGGGCCCCGGGCCUACGGCUACCGCGCCCUCACCACCCUCAGCCUCACCGUGAAGGAAUCGGAGUCGGGCUCCGGGUCGGGCCAGCAGCCGAAGCGUGGGGGCCCGCGGGACGCCGUCCUGCCCGACUGGGUCGACGGGCCGGGCCGGGCCGCGAGGGCGAUCGGGUCGACGGCCACCACGGCCCAGGUCCAUCCCCGGCUCUUCACCCGGGCCCUGCUGGACAAGGCCGUGAGGGAUUAUGGGCUCGAGGUGGUGAUCGGGAAGGCAGUCAGGGUCGACGCGGGCAGCGGUGGCGGCAGCGGGAGGGUGUCGGCAGUGGUGCUGGAGGGAGGGAGGGUCAUGGAGGCGGACGCGGUGGUGCUGGCGCUCGGGCCGUGGUCCGGCAAGUUCGGGCUCCUGUCAUCGCUGUUCAGGGUGUAUGGGCUCAAGGCCCACAGCAUUGUCUUGGAGCCGAGAGAGCCCGGCGCGAUAGGCCCGGAAGCUCUGUUCCUGAGCUUCCUGCCCUCCGGCGGCGGCCCGGCCAUGGACCCGGAAGUCUACCCUCGCCCCACUGGGGAAGUAUAUUUGUGUGGGAUGUCGUCCCAGGAGGAGGUGCCGGAUGACCCUGAAGAGGUCGCACCCAACCCAGAAUCCAUAACAGUGCUGAAGCGGGUGGCUUGGGCCGUGUCGAGCCACCUAGCGGAGGGCGAGGCGGGCGUGAAGGCUGAGCAAGCCUGCUUCUUGCCGUGCACCGAGGACGAGGUCCCCGUGAUCGGGGAGCUACCAGGCUUGGAAGGUUGCUACGUGGCGACGGGCCACAGUUGCUGGGGCAUCCUCAACGGGCCCGCUACUGGUGCUGCGGUGGCGGAGCUCGUGCUCGAAGGGCGGGCUCAGACCGUGGACCUGACUCGGUUCAGCCCUGCACGAUUUGUACUCUCUAGGAAGAGAUGAAAUGUGGCAUUCAGAAAUAUAAAUUGUGUUUGUUUUCUAUCAAGUCGAGGAUUUUCUCCUUUUUUUU